CCAGGAGGCACUGGCGAAGGGGAAGGAAAGAGGAUUUGGGCUAGGGGCGGGGCUUGCGGCACAGCGUGGCUCCUGAUUGCUGGAGCGCGGCUGCCAAUCUCACAGAAUCGCUCGGUUAACCAGUGCGCUGGCGAGACGCGCUCAGAUAUACUGAGUGAGCCCUGAGAAGCAGCCUCAGAUCCUGACGGUGCAGCAACUCGCAGCCUCAGCCAGGGAGUCCCAGCCGCUUUCAAUGGAGGAGAAGCCCGGCCAGCCACAGCCUCAGCACCAUCACAGCCAUCACCAUCCGCACCAUCACCCCCAGCAGCAGCAGCAGCAGCAGCCGCACCAUCACCACCAUUAUUAUUUCUACAACCACAACCAUCACCACCACCACCAUCACCAGCAGCCUCACCAGUACCUGCAGCAUGGAGCCGAGGGCAGCCCCAAGGCCCAGCCAAAGCCGCUGAAACAUGAGCAGAAACACACCCUCCAGCAGCACCAGGAAACGCCGAAGAAGAAAACAGGCUAUGGUGAACUAAACGGUAAUGCUGGAGAAAGAGAAAUAUCUUUAAAGAGUCUGGGUUCUGAUGAAGCUACCAGCCCUAUUUCCAGGGUCCUCAAUGGCAAUCAGCAAGUUGUAGACACUAGCCUAAAGCAGACUGUAAAGGCCAGCACCUUUGGGAAAGCAGGAAUUAAAACCAAGAAUUUCAUUCAGAAAAACAGUAUGGACAAAAAAAAUGGGAAGUCUUAUGAAAAUAAAUCUGGAGAGAACCAGUCUAUAGAUAAGACUGAUACUGUAGCAAUUCCAAAUGGUGUUGUAACAAAUAAUUCUGGCUAUAUUACUAAUGGUUAUAUGGGUAAAGGAGUAGAUAAUGAUGGUAGUGGAUCUGAGAGCGGAUAUACCACUCCUAAAAAAAGGAAAGCUAGGCGCAAUAGUGCCAAGGGUUGUGAAAACCUUAAUUUAGUGCAGGACAAAAUAAUGCAACAAGAGACCAGUGUCCCAACCUUAAAACAAGGACUUGAAACUUUCAAGCCUGACUAUAGUGAACAAAAGGGAAAUCGAGUGGAUGGUUCAAAGCCCAUUUGGAAGUAUGAAACGGGGCCUGGAGGAGCAAGUCGAGGAAAACCUGCUGUGGGUGAUAUGCUUCGGAAAAGCUCAGAUACUAAACCUGGUGUGAGCAGCAAAAAGUUUGAUGAUCGACCCAAAGGAAAGCAUGCUUCAGCUGUUGCCUCCAAAGAGGACUCGUGGACACUAUUUAAACCACCUCCAGUUUUUCCAGUGGACAAUAGCAGUGCUAAAAUAGUUCCUAAAAUAAGUUAUGCAAGCAAAGUUAAGGAAAACCUCAACAAAACUAUCCAGAGCUCUUCUGUGUCACCAUCUUCAUCUUCAUCCUCUUCAUCAUCUACUGGGGAAACUCAGACCCAAUCUUCAAGUCGGUUAUCCCAGGUUCCUAUGUCAGCGCUGAAAUCUGUUACUUCUGCCAGCUUUUCUAAUGGGCCUGUUUUAGCAGGGACUGAUGCAAGUGUGUAUCCUGCAGGGGGUCAGCCACUGCUAACUACUGCUGCUAAUACUCUAACACCCAUCUCUUCUGGGACUGAUUCAGUUCUCCAGGACAUGAGUCUAACUUCAGCAGCUGUUGAACAAAUUAAGUCUAGCCUUUUUAUCUACCCUUCAAAUAUGCAAACUGUGCUGUUAAGCACAGCACAAGUGGAUCUGCCCUCUCAGACAGAUCAGCAAAACCUGGGGGAUAUCUUCCAGAAUCAGUGGGGUUUGUCAUUUAUAAAUGAGCCCAGUGCUGGCCCCGAGACUGUUAUUGGGAAGUCAUCAGAUCAUAAAGUGAUGGAGGUGACAUUUCAAGGAGAAUAUCCUGCCGCUUUGGUUUCACAGGGUGCUGAAAUAAUCCCCUCAGGAACUGAGCAUCCUGUGUUUCCCAAGGCUUAUGAGCUGGAGAAACGGACUAGUCCUCAAGUUCUGGGUAGCAUUCUAAAAUCUGGGACUACUAAUGAGAGUGGAGCCUUAUCUUUGGAACCCAGUCAUAUAGGUGACCUGCAGAAAGCAGACACCAAUAGUCAAGGUGCUUUAGUGUUUCUCUCAAAGGACUACGAGAUAGAAAAUCAAAAUCCUCUGGCCUCUCCUACGAACACUUUGUUAGGCUCCGCCAAAGAACAGAGAUACCAGAGAGGCCUAGAAAGAAAUGAUAGCUGGGGUUCUUUUGACCUGAGGGCUGCUAUUGUAUAUCACACUAAAGAAAUGGAAUCUAUUUGGAAUUUGCAGAAGCAAGAUCCCAAAAGGAUAAUCACUUACAAUGAAGCCAUGGAUAGUCCAGAUCAAUGAAGGACCAGACUGCCUAUUCGUAACCUUUCUGCAGCAUUAGAGCCACCGUUCAUGGGGGACACAAGGCUUUUAUGCUCCUAGAUCUUCAACGCAGCAGAGGAACCAUAAGUAGAAUCACAGGAUAAUAUAUACAAAUAUAUAUAUAUACAUAUAUAUAUAUAGUUAUUUAAAAAAAAGGCAACUGAAAGUAAUUAGACUUCUUAAGGAAUCAAAUUUAUUUCAAAAGACUACACAUGGUUAUUUAAUCUCCGGUACUGAAUAGUUUUUUGUUUUUUUUUUUCCUUUUUCUUUCGUUAGUUUUUGUUUUUAAGUGUGAAUGCAAGUGAUUAAUGAAUACAGACUUAACAAGUGUGGUUCUAAAGUUCCUGCUGUCAUCAACUUGGGCAACAAAUGACCCACUGGAAAGGCAAAUCCACUUAAAAGAUCUCUGUAUCUUGUUCUGUGACUAAAGUGAUACACUAAUCACGGGGAACCCAGAAUGAUUCAACAUUUUCCCCCCACUCCUCCUUUGAUCUUUUGGUUUUACUUUAAGCCCUGCGAGAAUGCUGGAUAAAUGCCUUGAAGUUUGCAGGGGUGUAUUUUUUUUAGCGAAUAUGAUUUGCAUGUCUUGCCAGGAGUUAAGCAGCCUCUGUGGGUUGUUGGGGAAAUCUUUUCUUUCUUUCCUUUUAUUUUUUGUGGGGUGGGGAUAGGGGAGGGCCUUGAAGUUCUACAAUUCUGGAAUAGUUGGUGGUACAUAGUUAACUUGGUUUUGGUUCAAUUUAACAACUGAAGAAUCCAUGAGUGUGAUUUUUAAUAAGUUGCAGAACAAGCAAUUGGCUUGGAUAUUCAAUAUGGAAAAAUAUUCCUGUGCCCAUAUUUUAAUGUAAUUGUAUAACUGGGAGCAAAAAUAUAUUCUGCUUUUCAACUGUAGGUGCUCCAGACUUGCUCUCUGUCACUAACACUAAAUGUGCUGUUUUCCUUGUUUUUCUUCAAACAUCAAAGAGAAACUUCUGUACCUUUCUGUAAAUUCUCUUUUAAUUUCUCAGCAAAAUCUAAAAGGGGAAGCAAAAGGUCCAUGAAAACUAAAACUUCAUGUUUUUAGCCAGUGAGGAGGUGAGGUAAUAAACCCUGCCUGUAGAAGGUGUGUUUUCAUGCAAACUAUACUUCUGAGCUUAUUAGCUUCUAAUUAUAUCUUAGUAAAUAUAUUUUAGUACUAGAGCAAAAUGGGUUUUUAAGGAAAAUAAUGUGAAAUUCUGGAAAUUUUCUUUUGGGCAGAGAAGAGCAUUAGCCCUGUCUUAUCAUCACAUUGUCAUCCUGUUGCACUGCAGCUUGUGUAUAGCAUGCUAAAAUAAAUUUAUUUGUGUGUGUGCAGAAAUUAAGGGUCCAAUUAAGAUUGGGUGAUGUUAGUGGCAUAAUAACAAGUUGUCUGGCCUGACAUAGCAUCACAUCACAUAAACAACACACACAGAAAUUAGUAUAUCCAUGUAUGUCAAAUACAGGUUAAAAUAGCAGGGCAUUUAUAUUUAAUAUAAAGAGUUGUAGUCUUCUAAUAAAAGUAGACUGGAUCCCCCUGGGGUAUUUGGGGAGAAAGUAACUACUUUUGCUCUACCCCUUUGCUUAAGAAAUGUCCAGUUUUGAGUGACUGGUAGUAUGGAUGGGUUUUCUUGUUUUGUUGAUUAUUUGAGACUUUUAACAAGUAGUUCACGAAAGAAGCUGUUGGACUCAACAUAGAGUAGAGAAAAUAUCUUUUUAGUCUGGAUUUCUGCCCUGCUUAGAUUUUAAAAGUAUAAGCAUGGAUUGCCAAUUCCACUUGAUGUAAACAAAACUUUUUUAUACAUAAUAUAUAUAUAUAUAAUAACUUAUUGUAUCAGUCCAGGUUCAGAAACUUGUGGUAGGCCAGUUCCAGAUAGUUUCAUUUCACCUGUAAACUGUAUCACUUUUACUGAUAUUGUAAUUUUCAAAUGUAUAAUAUGUUUACAGAUGUGCCCUGCAUUUAGUCUGCCUUGUUCCUAUUUUGAUUUUUGUUGAGUCUCCUGCCUGCUUGCCAAAAGCGAGGAUGCUUCAGGCCCAUGUACAAUUGAAAGCAGAGGCAUCCUUGAGCUUUAAAGCAUUGAACAAACUGGAAAAUGCAACAUACCACAUACUGAAGUGAAAAAAGUCUGUGUUUUUGUGUUUUUUAAAUAAAAAUUUUCAAAAAGUUUAAAAAAGAUAUAAGGUUGAUUAAAGGGAAAAAAAAGGCUCCAGUUUGUUUUACAGGUUUUAAAGUUCUGCUGUGUGUUCAAUUGCCUUGUGUAACCACUUGUCGCCUUAGGGCCAGAUCCCCUCCCCUCACUUUUUUUUAAAUGUCCAUUUUGCUUGCCUAGAAUUUUCUUCUGUCUCAGCAACUCACAAGAAACUUUCUGGGUUUGUGACAUUACAGAGGUUGAAUGAAUAUAUAUUCUAAAAGGAAAAAAAAAAAAAAAACAAAAACCAGCCCCCAUCUGAAUUGGGCUUAACUUAGAAGCAACACUUAAUUAAAUAUCUGUAGAAAGCUAUGGCUAUCCUAAUUUCCUUUCAUAUCCCUCAGGCCUCCAUGUUCAGAGAAGCCAAAAAGAGAAUGUAUCCCUUCUGUUUGUCCAAAGGUUUUUGAGAGUCUCACUUCUGAAUGAAACAAUGCAACAUUUCACUUUGAUUUCUCCACUGAAAUUUCCUUGAUUAUAUGGUUAGAGGUAUAUAGUUAGGAAUGUCAUUUAACUUUCUGGGAACGCUAGUGCCCCGUCAUAUUAACUGUCAGUAUUUUUUGGGCAUUGGGUUAAUGGACUUAAUUGCCUAGGUACAAGCAGGACUUUGGGACAAAUUUCCUUUGUGCUGUUUGGUAACACUUAACUACUUGUUGCAAUCUUUCUCCUUAGGUCCUCACACAAUUCCUUACAGAGCACUUAUUAAAAAAAAUCUUAAGAGUUGAUCUGUUUUCUGAUUAUUUUUGUGUAAGCUUCUAAACAAACUUCAGCUGUGAUUAAUUUAGCACAUUUAAGUAACAUUAAUGUGUUAUUGUUUGGUAUCAAGAAUUUUCCUUCAACUCAGAGUAUUAGUACUGUAGCAUAAACCAAAUACAGUCUAGAGGGGAUUUUUAACAUCCCUCCAUUAUAAAGACUGAAAAAGAUGUGUGUGUGUAUGUAUGUGUUGAGUGCUUGUAUGUGAGUGAAAGAUGCAGAUAUUAAAACUUAGUAAAUGAAUGUGUGUAAGACAUUAGUAUUCAGAGAAUGAACUUGUAUUUAUUUUGUGCCAUUUGUUUUCAUUACACAGAAUAAAGUCAGGUGGUUUAAAUCCUUAAAAGGGUAGUAUUUGAAAAAUGGCACUAAGAAUGAAAUCAUGACCUAUUUUUUUAAUAGCUAUGAAGAUACUAAUUAUGGGUGAAGAUUUCUUUUUAAAUCUGUCUUGAUUAUUGUAGGCUUCUGUGUCAUGUACCACUCCUAUAGAUGUCUUGAAUAAUCCCCCUUUCCCACAAAAGACAGGGUGUAUUUAUCUUUCUCUUUAUUCACUCCCACUUUGCUAAACUGAAGUUAAUUGCCUAGCCUUUUCUCUAACCUCCUUAGUAAGGAACCAUCACAUAAAGUGUAUUUACAGCAUAUGUAGUAGCCUUUCUUCCUCCUCUAUUUUCCAGGAGAGGAUAGCCAAUAACUAUUUGUUAAUUAUAGUUUGGUUUUUUUCCUUGAAAUAAAUAGCCAGAGAGUUUCUCUCCAUUUUAGAAUUUUGCUGUCCUCCUUAAUCAUCUGCUUACCAAGUCAUCACUCAGUCUGCAAAAACUUUAUAAUGGAAAAGUGCUGUACUGUUUUUUCAAAACAUUUUUUAGGGAAAAUAUGACAAACCUCAACUAUGGGAGUUGUCUAAUACGAAAUAGCAGCAGUAGUUUCAUACUUGGUUGUUAUAGGCUUGUUGCUAACCCACAUCAGAGGCAUCUAAUGGUUUAUCGUUUAUAAUUGCUGUAAACUUUUUUAAACACGGAAAAGCCAUUUAGUGUGAAAUUGUAUGUCAUGUCCCAAAUGGCCACUAGCAAGGAAAUUGGAAGAAGACUUUUAUUCGACUUUAAAUUCCACUAAAUAAGGAGGGAGUCAUUCUUGGAAGGCUCUCCAAGGAUCAUGGGUAUAGUUAUGCCACUGAACCGUGUACUGGAAUAACACACAAUCCUUCUUGUAUAUGUAUGCUAACUACAUAACAGAUAUGCAAUAGUGGGACAAAUAUAUAUAAUGGACAAUAGUUUUUAUGAUCAGGUGUUGUUGAUGCUGUACCAGUCAGGGUAGUUUCUGAUAGGGCAGUGUCUUUUACUAGUCCUACUCAUGACUUAACUGUUGGGUUUUAAAGGAAAGAAGGUAGUAUCUGCUCAAUCUCCCCCCCUCCAAAGUAUUGAUAUUUGCUUAAAAGGGAGGGGCAGAGGGUAAGAUUAGAAGCAUAAGUAGCUACUCUAGGUUUGCCAGAGGCAACAUAGUUUAACAUUAGCUUUUAAUAUUGAUGUUAUUUUUAUUAAUGUAAUUAAGAGAGCACCAAGAUUCUUUCAUGAUAAAAAGAUGGGCUUCUGCUUUGAGUAUGUUAAAAUUUUUUUUUUUUUUAAUAUACAUCACUCUGUUCAAAUGUGUGAGAACCAGGCCCACCCUGGGUUGAUUAAAAGAAUGAUGAAUAAUUGGCUUCACUCAAAAGCACUGCUUUUACUGGGUUUUAAAUUAAAUUUCACACUGUUUUGCUGCUCAAGAAAGUAGUUAAAGGAUGCCAGCAAUAAUAUGAAUGGAGUUUUAAGUUGUCUGUGUAGUAAAAACACCCAGUGAAGCAUGAAUGGCAUAUUGUUUCUGCAUUACUGGGAUUGUCAAAUAGCAGUUAUAGGCUAAAAACUAUGGAACAGCCAUCCUCACAUGUUAGGAUUGCUGAUUCCGACUUCCCUAUUCAUAGAAUUUUGUUAUGUCUAGAGUUCUAAAGCCAUUUUAUAAUACUGCAGUAUCCCUUUUCUACAGCCUUAUUAAAAUAGCUACAAACAUUUAUUUUCCAGUUCAGUUUCACUUUCAUUGUAUAUCACAAAGUUACUCUGCAGACCAACAAAUCAACUUGAGGUAAAUUCAUAUAGCUUUCCAUAUACCCUUUUUUCCUCAGGUGCUAAUCAAAGGCUCCAAAAAUGGAUACUGCUUUAGUAAUGUCUGCUUUAUUAAAAUGCAUAUUUCUUUUGCUAGAUGUAAAGAUUUGGUGUUAACAAAAGUGGUUUUAAUAUGUAAAUAUGGAUGAAUGCCUUUAGUUUACCCCUGUUUAUGUCUAUUAGUCUAUUUUCAUUUAUCCUUUAUAGAGGAGGAUCCUUUCAUGAUCUUGAAUACAUUUCGUUAGGUAUUGUUGCAUUUUUAGAAUGAAAAUUCAACUGUUUUCUGUCUUAGAUUAAUCCUGCUGCUGCUAUGAGAAACUGAAAAUCAAGAAUGUGAUGCACUUUUUACAUUACUAUAUACCAUACAUGUACCAUAGGUUGCUUUGAUACCUUUCCUGUAGCACAGCCACUAACAAAAGUGAGUGAAUUUUAAAAUUCUCUUUGGGAGGGAAUCAGUACAAGUAACUCAUCCAUAGUUGGUAUUGGCCUAUGAAGGUCAACAACCAAGGAAAAUAAAAAUUCUGUUAAUAUUACACUUUUUGGCCUUAAAAUGUCUUCUACUACUGAAAAUAUUUUAAAUGUUAGCUUUAUUUCUAUUACUCCCUCUCUCUGCCUCAAAAAGAGGAAUUGGGAAGAAUGGCUUAAAGGAAGUAGUAUCAUUGGUUUGUUGCUGAUCUUUUAGAAAGAAAACAUUUGUCUAUAUAAGCUGGGGACUUUUUUUUUGUUUGUAUACAGAAGACAAAUGCCCUGAACCAAUCAAAUUUAAUUUAAUCAAAUCAAUGAAAACUCCAACUAUUCUGCUUCUCUAGUAUGUUUUUACUUAGCAAAGGUAAACUUAAAUAUAGUAGGAAUGCUACUUGACAAGAGGAAAAGUCAUUUCUCAAGCACAUACUCAAACUUGAAGGAGCUCAAACCCAAAAUAAUGGGGGAGAAACAACAAAUGAGGUGGAGGAAUAUGAGAAAGAUGUAUGGUCCAAAGCUAUCUGGUUAUAUUUUGAUGUUGCCAAUAUUGCAAAGCCAAACUUUUAAUUUGCUUAUUUAAUAUAUUUGUUGGCCAGAGAUCUAUUUUUUAUAUCAAUGUGCCUUGCAUGUAUAUUUAAAAAAAAAUUGGAAAGGCCAUGUAGUAAUGCCUGAGAUAGUUGAUGGUUCUUACCACCUCACUAAUUUUUAUGCAGUAUGAAAUGCUCAUUCUGUUGCCCAACUGGUGCUCUUUGUUUAAAGUUAUAGAUCUUGUCAAACUGGAACUAUUUUGUAAACUGGGGAAGUGUUUUAAUCUUUUUGUUGUUUCUUUUUUUUUUUCCUUUUCUUCUUGUUUCUUUCUUUUUUUCUUUUCUUUCUUUCUUUCUUUUUUUUUUUUUUUUUUUUUUGUUCUUAGUCUGUUAGUGGCUGUUCUGUAGUGGGAAGUAGUAAAAGGAUUCUUCACUCCCUUGUCUUCCCCCCUCAGCACCUUCUUCAAGUAAUGUGAUGACACCAUUUCUUGUGUGCUUUGAAAAAAAGUUUCAGCUUGCUGUCUCCUUUAGUGUUAAGAAAAAGUGUUAUAAAAAGCAUUGUUUGCAAAACCUAGGGAGAUAAUGGAGUCCACUUUAAUUUGGAAUUCUGUGUGAGCUAUGAUCCAAGUUAUUGGCUCUUCCCAACUUUAAAAUUUUUAUUGUUAAAGCACCUUGCUUAGAAAAUUUUAAAUAUUUAUGUCUGCAACAAUUGUCUCAAAAUAAUAAACUGUGCAAUUCUUGUCAUUAAAAAAAAAGAUCUGAACUCUCCCUAAUGUGACUUGUUAGUUUCUCUGUAUUUCCUGCCAGUGUAAAUGUGAAAAGCUUUGCUUGCAUUACGUUUUAGAAAUGCAUUUUGCACACUCGAAUUUUGCUGAAGCUCCGUGAAAAGGUUAGAUCUAAGUAGAUGAAUAAAGCUAUGCACAUGUUUUCAAAGUUUAAUUUGUGUGUCAUUACCAAAAGUGACCUAUCUGUCCUUAUUAUGAUACAUUGUUCUUAGCUUCACCAUCUUUGGAAACAGCUCAAAGUUAUAGGUCUAGGCUAGGUCUUCAGUGGAACUAGAAGAAAGGAAAACUGGCAUCUAUUUUAGUAAAGUUCAGUUUAAAUCAGAGCUUGACUUGUAUCUAUUAAAGGGCUUUUCUUGAAACAGGGCAGUUUUAUUAGCUUUACAAAUCACUGGAUGCACUUCUCUGUUAUUUGAUCAAACAGAAAAGGGAAGUAAUUCAAACUAAAAUGAAGGACCUUUGUCACAUGAGGACCUGGUGACAAUUUUAUGUCUUAAAUCUGGCUUAAAGGUAGGAUAGCCUUUUUAUUAAUACCUUUCCUGCUUUAGUGUAAGUUUGCUUUACUGAAUGAGUGGUUUGGGAUUAGAGUCAUUCAGUUGUUGAAAGAUCAAAGGACAGGUUGUUUUAAAGAUAGUAUACCUUUUAAAAGUUACCCAAGCAGAUUAGAACAAGUUUAGAAAUUGGGCACAUUGGUUCAAUCACUGCAGUCUGCAUGUACUGAAUAGCUUAACUUCACACAUAUGUGUACUUAUAAGAUUGUGUAGAGUACUGGCCAGGUUUUGUUAGAUCAUCUUUUAAAAUUUUUUGUUUUGUAAUUUCUUCAGGACAUUUGUAGGAGAGGCUAAUAAGUUUAAGUAGAAUAUAUUACUAAUGGUAUUUUCCCCAUGCUUCUAGAUAUAAAAGAAAUAAAUUUCCAUUUUAUAGCUUUUCCAAUGUAUAGAAGAAGGUUACUUGUCUGUCAUCAAGUGUGCUCUUGAUGUAUGUCAUUGGCUUUGAAAACACAGCAAAAUCCUUUCUUCUGUACCUUCAUUGAUAGUGGCUGUUAAAAACUAAGUCCUCUAAUCGAGACUGGAAAGGUGGUCCAUAAUGCAUGGCCUUAAAAAGCAGAAAUGUAGGAGUGUAGCAAGCAUUGUCUUACAUGGCUAUGGCUACUCUCCCGCAUCUGUCCGUAGUUCACUAUGUUCAGUCUUAGAGCAUAUUGGAGGAGUAAAGUAAUUUCUGUGUCUUGUGUACAUAGGCACUUAGGAGCUGAGUUACCUCUUAAUCUGGGGGAAGGAUAACUAGUGUAGUACAGUUAUGUUAGAGGAUGGUUUCCCUUCUCCCUUUAAAAAAAAAAGUUUGAAUGUUUAUUUUGCCCAAAAAGAUAGGUCUUUUCUAGAUUUAAGAACAGUGACCAGAGAAAUUUACCCUUUUGCUAAAUGCUUAGCUGUUUCUGAUGUCAUGGAUUCUGAGGAAGUCAGUUACAUGAUCUUCCUUUAUUGAUGUCUUACUUCAUGUUCAGUGUUUUAAAUAUAUAAAUUACAAACACUUUACAACCAUACCCAGAUUUACUUAUUUUCUCAGAAGAAAAACUUGAGAAAUUUGUAGAAUCAAAUUAAGAGACAAAAUAAGUGUACAUUGUUGAAUAAAAAAUUUUAAAGUUUC